AUGGGUGACAGCACUAAUGUUAAUGUUGGCGAUGGCCAGAGCUAUGUCCAGCCCGUCGUCCAGGCCGAUGUUCCCUCACCCUUUGAAGGCUACCGAGAGCCUCCUCGCCCAGAGAGCGAAGCGUCUGCCAGCCAGACACAAAGAAACGAUGUGCCAGACGCGAGUGAGCAACAGUCGCGACCACUACCACCCUUCCCGUCCUCUGCCUAUCAGGCAAUGCCACCGCCAGGAGGGAUGUGGAUACCAAGUGGUAUGUUUCAAUUGAUGAUGAACCGCCAGGGCAAUGCCCUGAUGCCAGAUCCUGGUACACCUGGUGCGCCGUUAUUUAAUAAGAAAGAUGCGAGAAAGUUCCUUCGGAACUUUGAGAAGUUAUGUGAAAGGCGUGGUAUCAGCGACCCUGCUAGGCAGUGUGAGCUGUUUGCCGAUUAUUGUGAGGACUCUAUCCAAUCGUGGGUAGAGUAUGACCCGCUGUGGAGAUCUCGCGAUUGGGAAGCGUUUAAGGACAUGCUCUGUGAUCGAUACAGAGAUUAUGACUCUGAGCGCCAGAGGUUUUCGAGGGCAUCAUUGAUGGAGUUAGUGAAUCAACCAAGAGACACCAUUGAUGAGGUUCGCCAGUUUAUGACGGAGUUCAAGACUGUGUCUGAUGUGCUAGUGGCCAAUGAGGUCAUUCAGGAGAUCCAGAGAUACUGGAUUGCCGAUGAGGUGUCCAGCACGAUGGCAGCGCAGGAUAAGUAUGAGAGGGUGAUCAAAACGACUGAUCGACAUAGCAGUCAAGAGGUGACGUCGACAAAGCUGACGUCGACGAAGGAAAGGAAGAGUGUCGCCUGGGAAGGUGGUUUUUCGGCCGAAAAGCCUGCCAUUUCUUCAGGGCGUCAAGAGAAUAAUUUGGAAGAACAGGUGGAAGAGAUGCGCCGUCAAUACAACGAUAUGAAGUUAACGGUCAAUAUGCUACAGUCAGGCAUGGCGAAGAAGGAUAUGAGAAAUGAUCCUGCUUACGUCCCUGCUGAUGCUUCAAGAUUGGCCUAUCAAGGACAGCGGUCAAGGCCUGCUGAUGGCAGAAGCCCUCCGAUUUGUUACUUCUGUGGCAUUGUUGGCCAUAUUUCGAAACCGACGUCUUGUCAGGCAAUGUCUGACGCGAUUAGCAAGGGUGACAUGCACGUUGGUAAUGAUGGCAAAUCAUACAUUGGCCGUGCUGGUGAAGGUGGCCCGACUAUGCAGUUUGUCUCAGGAAGGCCUUCUUUGGAAGGACUGCCCGCCCAGCUGCGAGAAUGGCGGCGCAGUGCGCUGAGGGCGCCAGCUCAGCAGUUAAUGCCGGUGUCACAGCCGACUGCUGAUCCUGCUCCGCUGCCUAGGCAGAUUCCACAUUAUGAUGGGCAGUCUGUCUAUGAUAGGUCAGCCUAUGAUAGGAGUGACAUCCAGGUUCCUGGGAACUACAUUGGCGUCAGCCUUGGAAUUAGCCCUGAGGAAAAUCAGGAGAUUGAUUGCGAUGAUGAAAUCAUUGAUGCGGGAUAUGAGAGUGCUGGCAUCAAUGCUGUUGAAACGCGUGGUAGUCAACAGCAGGAUCCUGUACGGGCAAAGCGCCGUGCAAAUGGCAUCGCUUCCACCAAGACAUGGCAAAGUGGUCAAUAUAUGCAGCCUAGUCGACAGGCAAGAGUGGAAAAUAUUGAUAAUGAUGACGUGAUGAUGGAUCGACCCCCAGACAAUCAGACUGAGCCACGCACGCAGCAUAUACCAGUGCCUGCUACCAGCGGAAGAUCAAAUGUGACCGUCAACCAGAGAAAAUCAGUGCCCGUCAGCCAGGUGAAGAAGACAGCGCCCUAUAUGACAUCGACGGCAGCAUUAGAAGCGUUGGUUAAGAGAAGGGUGUUGGACACUAAGGUGGACCUAACAGUUGAGGAAAUGGGCAGGAUUAUUCCGAGGCUCAAGACUAAUCUGUUCCGCGACACUGAGGGCCUUCGUCCUGCUAUUCCACAACCUACUUCACAAUCUGCGAAUGUGACGAAUGUGACGCAGUUAACGCCAUCAGGUUAUGGCGGCGACGAUCAUUUGCAGGUGGCUGUCGGCAAUGUUCACCCAAGUACGUACCGUGACGAUCGCCGAUCGACAGUGGUGGAAGAUCGGGUAGAAACACAUCGUGAUGUGUAUUCACUUGGCCUUCUAUACUCUGAAGUGAUCGUGGCAGGUUAUAUGCUGCGUGGCAUGAUUGAUUCUGGCAGUGGCGUCGAUGUGAUGGGCAGAAAGCAAGCAGAGACACUAGGGUUGCCGAUCAAACAAGAUCCGAAGAUUCAUGUGGUGCCCGUAAAUGGUGUACAUGUCAAGUGCGUUGGCUGUAUUCAAAACAUGCCUGUUUCCAUUGGCGACAUCACCACUCACGUAAAUGUGUUUGUGAUCUCGGAAUGUCCUGGAGGGUUGAUUCUUGGAAGACCAUUCAUGGAAGCGACGAUGAUGGCGCUGGCGCAGCAGCCUGACGGGAAGGUUGAGUGCACGGUGUAUAAUGAUGCAAGGACGAGGAAGAUUGUUUUUCCUGUCUAUUCCCCUGAAGAAAAGAAGAUCAUUAGGGCCUCGAGGCUGUGGCCUAAUGAGAUGAUUGGUGAGAAUGCCCCGUUUGUUGAGGGCCCUUUAAACUCCUGA